CACCACAAAGUAAGAUGUUCAUCCCAACGAAUAGGUAGGUACUCUCACUUUCCUUUACCGCGUUUAAAAUGAUAAAAAAUAUUGAAAGGUCCCCAAGAGACCUGUAGUUUAUAUUUAGUCGUGUAUCUUCAAAGUCGUAGCAUCUUCCAGUGAUUUUACAAUACGUAGAUUCGUACAUUCAUUUUGAAGCAAGAAGAUGGAUAUUAUACAUUAUCGAAUACGGAUUGUUCCAAUUAUUAUCACCCUUAUUGUUUCUAAAUUCUGCAUAGCUCAGUUCCAAAAUCAGUUCCAAGCUCAGACAUUCCAGCAACAACGAUUUGGUCCAAAUCAAUUUGUACAGGCACCAUUCCAAAGGCCACAACAAUUCCAACAAUUGAAUAAUAUUGAUAGUAGACAAUCUCCUCAACAAUCAGGCGUACCUUGUCCAGAAAAGAAUGGACGAUUUGUAGUUCCUUCUCAAUGUGAUGCUUAUAUUGAAUGUGUUGAUGGUAUUGGUGAACAGAAACUUUGCCCGGAGGGUCUCUUCUUCAAUCCCGAGGCAAGAUUUAAUUAUCCAUGUGGAUAUCCGAUUGAUAUUAAUUGCGAUGGACGUCCAAAUUUACAACCUCCACAACCAACUGAUGACUGUCCCCAUCAAUACGGUUAUUUCAAAAUUGGUGAUGAAGCCAAUUGUGGACAGUUUAUUAAUUGCGCUGAUGGUGUUGGACAUCUUUUCAACUGUCCCGAAGGUUUAGCUUUUAAUUCUGAAACUUAUCGUUGUGAUUGGCCUGAUCAAGUUCCUGAUUGCAAUGUUGAAGCUUUCUUGAAAUUCACAUGUCCCAAUCCUGCUGAAGGAGAUAACCAGUAUCAAUUGUUUUACAGUGAAUCUAGAUUUUUCAGAAACCCCAAUGAUUGCCAACAAUAUUUUAUAUGUAUAAAUGGUCAUCCUCGACUCCAGAAUUGUGGCGAAGGGAAUGCAUUUAAUGAAUUAAUUAAUGCUUGUGAUUCUGCCGAGAAUGUUACUGGUUGCAGCCAACCAAGUGUAAUAUCACCAGAACCAUUGAUCGAUCCAAGUCCAGCUUUCCGUCAAAUUUCACAGCGAAAUAGAUUUAGACAAUUUUAAAAAACAUUUUGCCAAUUUUAUUUUAUUUGUAAAAGAUGCCCAAUCUUUUUGAAAAAUUGUUUCUUAAGUUAUU